AUGGGCAAGGAUAAGGACGCCUCGCACACCACCGCGGCCGCCAACGCGCAAGCCUCGAGGAUGGCACUGGACAGCUGCAGCCUUCUGUCCACACUCGGCCACAGCAUCACAGCCCCGGGCAGUGGGCGCACAAACAGCCAGCAGCAGCAGCAUGGUAGCCUGUGGCAAAGCUCCAUUCAAACAGAACACAACCGCAUCCUGGUUGAGGCAACCGCUGCCACGGUGCGCCUGUCUCUCUGUGCCACCGACACGGCCGCCCGUUCCCACCGGCCGUCGGCACUGCUGCAGCCUCAGACGCGCUAUCCCGCCGUCAAUAUAGAGAACAAGAUACUGAAGGAAUAUGAAGAUAGCAAGGCCCUGAAGAGUCUCAAAAUGGUUCGUGAAACUUCCGGUGAAGACCGGAAUAAUACAAUUCUUCUCCGCUACGCUGGGCAUCAAAUUACAAGCGGGAGCAGCAAAGGCAUGGCCACAUCAACGUUCCCAUCGGGAGCUUUGAGUUUGACAAAGCAGAAGGCGCCCAGCUCAGCUGGAAUGCCGUGGCAAGUUCCUCAAGAGGGCAUCGCGCAGGACCUGGCCGGCGUUGGCUCCAGCGAGAACACCGACGACGUCGCACCCCUAGCCGUGAGUGCGACGUGCGCCCUGGCCGUGACAGGCCACACGUGGAUGGAACAGAGCUUCACGCUGGCCCUGGAAGGUUGGGGCGAGGAGGACAAGCGGGAGGAAGGGUCGCCCGGCGAGGAUGAGUGGGCGCCACUUCUGACACCUGCUCAACCUGUGGACAUCACUCUGCCACAGAAGAAGGGCUUGCUGAGCGUCGUGAGCGUGUCGCUGGUGGGAGGGCUGACCCCUGACCUCACGGAGGGCUCUACUUGUGCGACGCUCUUUUCUAUCAUGAAGGAGCUGGCCCAGACCGACCCCGAGUUUGUCCUCAAGGUGGCGCUUUAUUCCCGCCGAGAGCUGGGCAUCAGGAAGACGUCAAACGUCCUGCUGGCCCUGGCGGCGGAGCUGCCUCCCUGCCGCCCCCAUCUCGUGCGUUACUUCUCCGCGGCGGUCGUGCUGCCUUCCGAUUGGCUGGAUGUGGCCACCACCUACAAGUCGCUGUUGGGCACGCGGGAGCGCCUGUCGUUGCCGGCGUGCCUGCGCCGUGCGCUGGUGGAGAAGUUCCCCGCAUUUAACGAGCAUCAGCUUGCCAAGUACAACAAGGAAGGACAGAAGCGGGGCCUGCGCAAGGAGGCUCCACCGGGAGAGGCGGAGAAGCACUACAAGUAUUCGUUGAAAUACAUGAUUCGUAACCUGCACAUCUCCAAGCCGGUGCAUUCCGUCAUGAGCCUGCUGGGAAAGAGAUACCCGGGCGACCUGGCGACGUUCGCCCGCUCGGGGUUGCCGGGAGCGUUUGACUCGCGCCGCGCCGGCACUCGGAUGAAGCUCGCCGUCCCGGAGACCUGGGAGACGCAGGUGUCUCUGCGGGGAAACCGAGCGGAGGUCUGGGAGGAACUCAUCGAUCACAAGAAGCUGCCCUUCAUGGCCAUGCUGCGGAAUCUGAGCAACCUCAUCUGUGCCGGGAUAAGCCCCGCACACCACGCCGUCGUCCUGCGCACACUCACGAGCAAGGUAGCGGAGUUGUCUCGGGGUGCGUCGGUGGCGCUCCCCGGCUCCCCGGAUUCAGUGGUGCGCAGCAAACAGUUCCCCUUUCGGUUUUUCUCCGCCUACGAGGUCCUCUCCGAGUUGGAGGCCCGGAUACAAAAAGGAGAGGAGGACGUGCCAAGCUUGCGCGUGAUGAUGAAGAACGCCAUUCUGAAGAAGUUAAGGAUCAAGUCUCGAAGGAACCCAGCCUCGGCCUCGCCCGCGAGAGGAAAGUUCGACGCGGAUCUGUACGCCGUUUGUAAGAGGGCACGAAAACGCCUCCUCAAAAAAAGAAUGGCUGCCGGGUGUGAUGCGGAGCUGCUGGGCCGGUACAAGGAAGCGCUGGACCACGCCGUGAGGAUCUCCACGUCGCACAACGUCGCCCCGCUGCCGGGCCGAACGCUCGUGCUGUGCAACACCUCGGCGGCCAUGAACAAGCCCUGCAGCACAGGCCGCGGCUUGGGGAAGUCGCGCACGGUGCUGGAGGUGGCCCUGCUGCUGGGGCUCAUGGUGAAGUUUGCGAGCGAGCACGCGGAGCUGGUGCUGUGGGGCCGGGGCUCCGCUCGGCACGUGCAGCUCGCGGACGGAACCGUGCUCGAGAAUCUGGAGCAGCUGCUGCGGGAGGAGGAGCAGAGGCGGGAGGAGGAAGAGGAGGACAGCGACGACAGCGAGGCUGGGGUGGACAGCGACGAUGAGGAUGACACGGGCUUACCUGAGGAGCUGCUGUCCACCCUGCUCCUGCAGAAGAAGCAGGUAUUGGUGGCGCUGCCGACGGAUCGUCGUCCCCCACGCGGCGACCUCCGCGAGACCCUCCACAGUGACCGCGCUGGUGGUGCUGGACUGGCGCGUGAAGCUCCCACCGAGCGUGCGACGCUUCCUCCGUGCGUUACCGCCACUCGGUCAACCCAGGCCUCCUCUUCCUGCACUGCAAACCUGGCGGCCACGAGCACGGGGGUUGGCGACCCUGCAGAGGGGUACCACGAGAGCGACGUGUUUGCCUCGGGCUACAGCGAGCAGAUCCUCAGGUUCUUGUCGGAGCGCGGUGGGGAGCGCAUGCUGCGGCACGUGGAGCACGUGGACGCCCUCUACGGCGUGCCGGCCCCGCCCGACGCCGAUGCCGGGGAGAGCGCCGUCAUCCCAGCGGAGGCCCCCGUGCCGCUGCCUCCCGCGGUCAGGUGGCGCACCGUGCGCGUCUUCAUCUCGUCCACGUUCCGCGACAUGCACGGCGAGCGCGACCUGCUGUGCCGCGUUGUGCUGCCCAAGCUGCGGGCGCGAGCCGCCGCGCUGCUGCUGCACCUCGUGGAAGUCGAUCUGCGCUGGGGGGUCACGGAGGAGGAGUCGCGGCACAACCGGCAGCUCGAGCUGUGCCUGGCGGAGGUACAUCGCUGCGACUACUUUUUGGGGCUCCUGGGGCAGCGCUACGGCACCGUGCUGCAGGAAUAUCUCGUCCCUGAUGAGCCGCACUUCCAAUGGGUGACGAUGUACCCGCGCGGGCGCUCGGUGACCGAGCUCGAGAUUUCCCAGUGUACCUUGCACGACCCCGGCAGAGCGUUCUUCUACUUCCGCGACAGCUCCUUCAUCAGCUCCGUCCCCACGGAGUGGGUUGCAGAUUUCGCGGCCGAGUCCGACGAGGCCAUGGCACGCCAAGAGGACCUGAAGCGGCGCAUCAUGGAGAGCGGCCUGCCCGUCAUGGAGCGGUACCCGUGUGUGUGGGGCGGCGUGGCGGGCGGCAUGCCAGGCGUGGCGGGCCUUGAGGAGUUUGGGAAGGCCGUGCUGCACGACCUGUGGACCGCCAUCAGCAAGGAGGCGGCAGAGAGGGGCCGCGGCGACGACGACGGAGAGGGCGGCGCCGUCUCAGAGCACGAGCGGCAGGCCGCGUUCGUGGCGAUGCAGGCCAGCCGGGCGAGCGCCCGCAGGGGCCCGCUGCAGGAGGCCGCGGCGGGGCUGCGCGCCACCGAGGCCGGCGGCGCGGUGCUCGUGCGGGGAGCCAGCGCCAGCGGCAAGACCGUGCUCAUGGCACAGCUGGCGGACCUCCUGGCUCAGGGGAGGAGCAGCGAGGAAGCCCACGGGCCCUGCGCGCCCAGCGACGUGCUGCCUUUCUUUAGCGAUGCGUGCGGCGAGCAGCCAUCCGCCUCCUCCGCCCUCUCGUACCUCUGCACAGGCCUGCGGGCCAGGCUUGGGCUGUCGGGCUCCAUUCCCACCUCUCAGCCGGCAUUGGCGUCGCUUUUUAAGAGCCUGCUCAUGCAGGCCGGAGGAACUGGCGCCGAGAGGGUGCCGGUCGCCGGCGCGGGAGCGCGGCGCGGGCGGCCGGACUUCGUCGGCGAAGCCGCGGCCCGGCGUUGCCGCAAGCCUGGGCUCAUCCUCACCGUGCUCGUGGACGGACUGGACGGCCAGCUCGGACGCUCCGCCGACUGGCUGCCCAUCCCCAUCCCGCCCGGGGUGCGGCUGGUGGUGAGCGCUACACUGGGGUCGAGCCUGGACAAGGCCCUGCUGAGGGUUUGCUCGGUGGCCCAGGUCUGUGUGGGGCCACUCGAGCGGCAGGAGAAGGCCGACUUGGUGCGCCGCACCCUGGCCUCCCACCACAAGAAAUUGGAUGAGUCGCACUCCAACAAUCAGAUGUCACUGCUGCUCGCCAAGCGGGAGUCUCGCUGCCCUCUGUUCCUCGCCAUCGCCUGCCGGGAGCUGCGUGCAUUCGGGCUCUUCAGCAAGGUGAGCGAGAGGAUCAAGCAAAUGCCGCAGACGGUGAGCGGCCUGCUACAGGAGGUGCUCGCACGCCUGGAGGACGACCACGGCGCCCCCACCGUGCGGGCCGCCCUCGCCUCGCUCUGCUGCAGCCGCACAGGCCUGGCCGACGAGGACCUGCGACAGGUCGUGAGCCUGUGCCUGGCCGCUGGGCUGUGGGCGACGGAGCCCGGAGCUCCAGGCAAACGCAAGGCGGCCAAGACCGUGCACGAUCCCUUGGAGUUCUGGGAGAAGCUCGACGCGCUGCCGAUGUCGCCCCGCAACGCCCUGCCCAUGGCCCGCUUCAGUCACCUAAUCCGUGAGCUCAGGAGCUUUGCCGGCGGAUCGUGCAGCAGCGAGGGCUCGGCGACCGAGCACCUGCAACUGCUGUCCCAGGAGCCGGCGCUGUUGGUGGUGCGCUCGCGAUACCUGCAUCGGGGCGACUCGGAAAGCCUCGCUCACACGGCUAUUGCAGUGCAUCUGCUCAAGAAGUUGAAGCCGUGGCAGGAUGGACGCGUGCCACGCGUGGACCCAGACGUCCUGGCUGAGCUGCCUUACCACCUGGUCCAUGCGGGGCUGGCGGUGAAACUGGGUCACCUGCUGGCCGACCUCCGAUUCCUCUACCUCAAAAUUGCCAACCGCACCGUCCCCCAACUUCUGGAAGACUUCGACCUCUACGCGACUUCCGUUGCCCAGCAGGGGCUCGCCCCUUGCCCGGACGUGGAAGGGUUGCGAGAGUUUGUGAGCCAGAACCAGCACAUCCUGCGUCGGAGCCCAAGGCUGAUGUGGCAGCAGGCCAUCAACUCGGCCCCCGGGUCUCCUGCCAGCGUGCAGGCCGUGUCGCUGGCGGUGGAGGCCUCCUGGGCCACGCGAGGAGUCACGAGCCCGCGGCCGGGCUUCGUCGUCGAGUGGGUCAACAGGCACCAUGCUGCCCCAGCUGCCCUGCGGACGACGGGAGGCUUCACGGGGGAGCCGUGGUGCCUGGCGACGUGCGUGCGCAGCGACGCGGUCAUCGUGGCAACCGGCCUGGGGCACGUGCAGCUGCUGCACAUCGACACGGGCAAGGAGCUGCAGAGCGUGUCCGCACACAGCGAAGGCAUCUCCGCAUGCUGCUUUCUGUCCGAAAACCUCAUCUGCCUGGGCACGAGUAAUGGACAGAUGUCCACGUGGAACAUCCGGGAGGGAUACAGGGUGCUGAGUGUGCAGGCGCACAGGCUGCGCGUGUCUGGCUGUGCUCCCAGCACCUGCGGCAGGCAGGUGCUGACGGUGUCAUGGGACUGUUCACUCAAGAUUUGGAGCGUGACCGAGGGGCGUUGCGUCGCCGAGCUGAGUUCCAGCCGGCCGCUCUCCUGCGUCGCCGUUCACCCCCUGGGUGCGCUCGCGGUCACCGGCAGCUGGGACUCGGCGCUCGUCACGUGGGACGUCUUCCACCUCCGGCGCGUUUCCACUCUGCGUGGCCAUGGUGCAGCAGUCCGCGCGGUGGCCUACAGCCCGUCCGGCAAGUACCUGGCCUCGGCUGCCCUGGAUGGCGAGGUCAUAUUGUGGUCGUCUGAGUCGGGCACCGUCCUGGGCACCUACCUGGGCCACAAAGGCCCGGUGAACUGUGUCCAGUUCACCCCAGAUGGUCGCUAUCUGCUAACCGGAGGCGAUGACAACAAGGUGCGGGUGUGGACGGGGGGGCUCGGCCGGCCGGUGGCGGUACUGGGUGGCCCGGGACGGGACGCGGUGCCGGUGGCGGUGGUGGCGGCGCUCUGUGUGUCAGGGAGCCCGGACGGCUCCCAGCUCGCCGUGGGGCUGCACAGCGGCAGCGUGCGCGUGCACGGCGUCCACUCGGGCGUCACCGUGGAGGUGCAGGCCCACCCGCACGCGGUGCACUGCGUCGUGUGGCUCCUGGGCGCUGGCGGCACGGCGCUGGCGUCCGGCUCGGAGGGCGGCUCCGUGAAGGUGUGGCGGCUCAGCGGCGAGGAGGCCCUGGGCGACGCGGCGGCCCUGACCCUGAACCGGACGCUGCAGGGCCUCAGCGGCGCCGUGCGCGCCCUCGCCUGCUCCGACCGCUUCCUCGCCGCCGCCUCCGACGACGCCAUGGUGGUGCUGUGGCCGAUCGGGGAGGCCCUCGGCGGCCAGGGUGAGGCGACGAGCGCCCCGAGCGGCGUGCUGUGGGGUCAUGAGGGAGCCGUCACCUGCUGCUGCUUCAGUCCCGACGGCUCUCAGUUGCUCACGGGCAGCAAGGACCGGAGCCUGGUCUUCUGGGAGGUGCAAGCCUCCCGGGCCCGGCUGCGUGUGCCCAGCUCCCACGGCGACUGGGUGACGGGCGUGCACUGGGACCGCGACGGGGAAACCGUGGUGUCCUGCUCAAACGACUGCACCGUGAAGGUGUGGGAUGCCAGCACGGGCCACCUGCAGCGAGAAUUGAGGGGCCACCAGAGCUCAGUUAACUGCGUGAGUGUCACGGACGGGGUGAUUCUCUCGGGAAGCUCCGAUGGGGAGCUCCGUGCGUGGCGCUGCUCGGGCCAGGAGGUGGCGUGCAUCCCCGCACACGCGCAGCGCAUCAACGGCGCCUGGGUCUGGCUGCAGCAGCAGCAGCAGGGUGCAGGGAAGCGGCCGGGGGAGGCGCUCUCCGAGGCACUGCGUGCGGCCUCCGCCAGCGACGACGGCACCGUGCGGAUCUGGGCCCCACUCAUGGGCAGCGAGCUGGCGUCUCUGAGCGAACACUCAGGCCCAGUGCAGGCUCUGGCUGUAACAGCACUCUCCAAUUACGCCCUCUCUGCCUCCAAGGAUGGCUCCGUCAAGAUGUGGCAACUCCGUAUUCUGCCCGCCGCCGCCAGCACGCUGCCCUGCAGGCACCAGCGCGCGGUGACGGCAGUGCAGGCGUCCCCGGGGGGGCGUCACGUGGUGUCGGGGGCCGAGGACGGCCACGUGCUGCUGUGGAGCCGCUGCUCGGGCCCCGCGCUCGCCCCAAGCGCAGCGGUGCAGGCUCACGACGGAGCAGUGAGCUGCGUGUGCUUCCCGGAGCGGACGGAUGAAACAUUCCUGACGGCAGGAAUGGACCGACAGGUGUGCUGCUGGAGGAUACUGCCAGGGGACCGUGUGGAGGUGUUAUGCCGCUUGCACAGCUUGGAAGUCGAGGUUCCGCUCGUGUCGAUGGCCGCCACGUGGGAGGCUUGCGGCGAGGGAGGGGGUGGCGACGGCGGCGCCGUCCUGGCAGGAGACGCCGCGGGCCAGGCGCUGCUGCUCAGCUCCAGGCCCCUCUCCAUCACCGCCAGGAGGACCACACGUUCCGCACAAUGGAUUGUGGGAAUAUCUCCAAGUGGUCCAGACCUGUGGCAGGUGUGCGGAGUGGCUGGCCCAGAAGAAUUCAUCAUCUAUACACUGAGAGCUACCCAGAAUUCCCUGAAGCUCGUGGAGUCGCACACCCGUUCCCUGCCUGCUGGGGAACCUGGCGCGUGGCUCUCCCACGCCGGCUUCGUGCAGCUGCAGGGAGGUCCCCACUGGGCUUGUGGGGAUUCCCGGGGAAACCUGGAGCUGUGGUCGGCUGCCCGGGUGGUUGCCGGUCCACAUGGUGGUGGUGGUGGGAGUGCCGCUGGCUUUGUCUCCCGGACGCAGCGGGUGCACGGUGCCGAUGUGACCGGGGUCUACGUCGUAGGCUCCGUGCUGGCAACAGCUUCCCUGGACCACAGCGUCAAGCUCUGGUCUCUGCCUGACCUCCGCCAGCUGGGCGUGUUCGUGUGCAGCGGGCCCGUCACCUGCAUGAGGACCGUGGCCUGCGGAGGUCACGAGGUCGUCGUGUGUGGAGAUUCCCUGGGACAAGUUUACUUCCUCCGUCUGCAUGACGCUUUCUUCUAAACGCAACUUCCGUGUUCGCGGGUUUGGUAAAAAAAUGACCUCAAAUGGAAAUUACAUUUCACAAGUGCCGUGAUAAAAACAAAUGCACUACAUGUAAGCACUAUCUAUAAACGUGCAUGAUGGUUUCAUAUACUGUUCCCGGGUGUAGAGGUAUAUACCGUUAGGAUGAUGAAAUAUUGGUGCGAUUGAUUGCUGUGUUUGGGUAAACAUUGAUUACGACAAUUUGGGUACAAUUUUGUGCAUGCAAUUAGGUGGAGUGGAAAAUAUAAUUAAUUAAAAUAGUAGGGUCACUGAAUACGUAGGAUGCAAAGAGAACAAUAAGCUAUACGCGCAUUACGAGUACGUCUUGUGUUUGCCGGGAGCGAUGGUGUGGCAGUCGCAUUAAACUGGUGACCCUUA